AUGGACGGCAAUGAAUCGGUACAUUUAUUUGGUUUAAAUCAAACAAAUAGAUUUUCACAUGAGUCACUAUCACACAUCAGUUAUCACCGAUAUGUUUUCUUUGCUGUAUCUUCAGCAUUGCUUGGUCUUCCAUCUAAUAUACUGCUAUUAGUUAUACUCGUGCGCAUUGGCUUAUUUGAUAAACGUCAACAUGUUUUAUCACGUUUACCAUUCAUAAAAAUACAAUCAACAGGUUCAUUUGAAAGAUUUUUAUUUGAAGUAGUUUUUAUUGAUACACUUUUAAUAAUAUAUCAUUUUGUUGAUAAUUUUCUAAGUUAUAUUCAUGAAGAUCGUUCAGCUGGCCAACAUUAUCUUAUACAUGUAUCAGAUUUUUGUUGUAAAUUCUUUACUUAUUUUGCUAAAAUGAGUAUUUCGUUGACCACGUGGUUAUUAUUAUUUUUAAUUCUAAAUCAACUUACACUUACAAUGGAGCAUAAUAAUGAUAAUAAUCAUCAUAGAUCAUGUUGGAGUCGUGGUUUAUACUAUGUUAAUGCAAAAUAUUCAACUGUAUUUCUUAUAUUUAUAUUCAGUGUUUAUAAUAUAUAUCCAAUUGAAGUGCUUAAAUAUCAAAAAAAAGAAUACCAGAAAGAUUAUGACCAAGGAGGCGUAUCCAACGCAUGUUCAAUGAGUACAGAAGGUGCAAGUGCAACACUAUUAAAAGCAACCAAUUAUGGAUAUUAUUUGCUUGGUGUUGCUAUACCUUGCGUAAUCAUACUUGGCAUAUCCAUAACAAUUAUUUAUCGUGCAUGUCGAAAGAAUAGAAAUACGAAUAAAGAAUGCAAUUCACUUUAUUACAUAGCUGCAACGAUUGGUAUUUUGCAUGCAUUAUUUAAUUUACCGGCACGUAUCAGCGAUCUUUUAUUAAUGUUUGUAAACCCAUAUGCGUAUGAAUCGUUUUUCCCACGUUUAAUUAAGUUCAAUCAUGAAUUACACUCGUUUAUGCCAUUGUCAUAUGGAUAUAAAUGUUUUAUAUGUAUAUUAAUGAGCCGACGUUUUCGUCUGCAUGCUAAAAGUGUUUUAUGUUUCUUGAUCGAGAGUAAAUAUGAAGAUCGUCAUACAAUAGAAAGACGUAAUUCCAAUAAUGAAUGGCAGCAAUUAACAAAACUAAAAAAACUUGAAAAAACUAAUCAUCAUCAUCACCAGGCUGGUAAAGCAUUGUCAAGGAAGUUCCCAUAUUCACAAAUUAAUAAGGACGACGUGCAACGAUACAAAACAUCAGAAACAACAUCUUGGAUGCGACCUUAUUUUACUCGAAACGAAAAGCAUCAUGCACUAAGACCUUGUGGUCCUUCGGCUAGUUGUCAUGAAAUAUCUACAAUAAGUUCAUCAUUACCAUCGACAAUUGUUGAAUUUCCUGAAAUUCAUUCUCCAAAAAAUUAA